AGUCGACGUCUUAACCACAAUGAGGAUAGGGUAUAUAGCAUACAUCCUAUCACUUGUUGGAUUCUGUGUUUGUGGCCCUGGAUAUGCCGGUCUUCAAGGGGUCAACCAGUCCGAUGAGCACGACUCUACAAAUUCCUCUUUGACAUAUUCCGCGCCAUCUAGAGAUAUUUCUAAGUUUGUAAAGCCGGAAAAUCCUCCAAAGUACUUUGCAAUCGACAUUGACGGUACGCUGCUUGCCAAGAACAAGGAGGGAUGGGAGCGGAACAUUGAGGCUUUUGCCAAGGCCAGGGAGAUGGGCUACACGCCGUUCCUGUGCACUGGAAACUCCUUUGGCAGGUCCAUGUCGAAGCUCGGCCAGGAGUUUAUCGAAAGGACGGGCUACAAGGGCUACCCUGGAGUCUAUCUGCAUGGGAUACAAAUAUACGAUAGUGACGGAAAUCGACUCAAACCAAAGUAUAACGUACCAACAUUUUUACUCUGGAUAAAAUCAGCAAUUUUAGUGGAGAUCAUGGGUCGGUUUAUCUGCAGUACGUUCAUGGGAAAGUGGCUGAGUAACAGCGUGUGUAGCAUCAAUAAAGCUACCGGGAUUAAAGAUCUCAUGAAGCCUCUUGGAGUUCCUCCAGAGCAGUGCGGGUUCAUCGGAAAUGACUGGAAUGAUAUCCAAGCCAUGGACUUUUGCGAUAUCUCGUUUGCAGUUGGAAAUGCGCCAGACUAUGUCAAGAAGCAUGCAAAGGUCGUCCUAGACAAAACCUGUGACGAGGGAGCAGUUGCAGAGGCCCUUCAACUCACAUAUGGGUUCUGA